AAACUUCUCCCAUUUCCCCUCUCUCUUGCGUCUUCUUUCUCCCCGCAACAUUUCGUUCGACUCGCUCACGGGCGAGCGGGAACGCGGGCGCAGCCGCCGUUUUGACCCGCCCGGCCGGCGGAUCAAGAACCCGUUACAAGCUCCUUUUCUCCCCCAUACCAUACGGCUUCUCACGCAAGCCGCCGCCGCCGCUGCUGAGUCUUCUGCUCCGCCAGCGCCGGUCGCAGAUUCCCCGCGAAAGCGAGGGCCAGAGCUUUUCUUUUCUAUCCUCUGCCCCCUUUGUGCUCUCCGUCCCGCCAAAGCGGCAGAAAGCUGCAGCCGUUCUUGAUUCUCGCGGGGGGGGGGGGGGGGGGGGGGGGGGGGCUGCCGGCACGGUUCGCCGGUCUUGGCCGCCUGGAUGUGAAGGGGGCGGGGCGGGGCGAUCGAUGGGCACGGUGAAGGCGUGGGUGGCUGAGCCCAUGGGGUCGAUGCAAGACUCGCUGCGCGUCGCGUACGUGGUCUUCUCCUUCUGCGCCGCCUUCUUGCUCGGCGGCAUCAAAGCGAUGCUGGUCGGCCCGGUGGCGGCUGCGCUGAUGAUACUGGGGAACGUGGGCGUCAUCCUCGUGCUCUUCCCGGCGCAUGUCUGGUGGACCAUCUACUCGCUUAUCAAGACGGACCGCAUCAACGCGGGCCUGAAGCUGGCGGUGCUCAUCGCGCUGCCGGUGCUGUUCGGGCUCUGGCUCGGCCUGGGCAUCUUCGGGAGCGCCCUGGUGGCGCUCGGCUACGGCUUCUUCACGCCAUGGAUCUCCACCUUCGAGGCGUUCCGGCAGGAGACCGAGGCCAAGAAGUUCGUGCAUGGCAUUGUGGACGGGACGUGGGGGACGAUCAAGGGCAGCUGCACGGUGGUGAGGGACUUCGCGGACAUGUGCUUCCACUCCUACCCCGUUUACCUCAAGGAGUUCCGCGAGUGCGCCCAGGACCGCGAACCCCUCUCCAUAAGGCUGUUGGACGUGCCGUCAUGCAUACUCGUUGGCCUCCUGGGGUUGAUCGUGGACAUACCGCUCUACACGGUGAUCGCGCUGAUCAAGAGCCCCUACAUGCUCUUCAAGGGCUGGCAGAGGCUGCUGCACGACCUCAUCAGCCGCGAAGGCCCCUUCCUGGAGCCAGUCUGCGUGCCCAUCGCCGGCCUGGCCAUCCUUUUCUGGCCCCUGGUGGUGGUUGGGAGCGUCCUGCUGGCCGUCGUCUCCAGCAUUUUUGUGGGUCUCUACGGAGCGGUCAUCGUCUACCAGGAGAAGUCAUUCCGGAGGGGGGCUUCAUACGUGGUGACCAUGGUCGCCGAGUUUGACGAGUACACCAACGACUGGCUUUACCUUCGCGAAGGCACUGUUCUUCCAAAGCCAUCCUAUCGGAAGAGGAAAUCGUCCGAUUCCGCCGAGUUCUCGGUCCGGCCAAAUGUUUCUGUUAGGGGAGGUGAGCACCCUGGUUCAUCCAGUGAAGCACCAGCAAUGCUGGUUCCGACUUUGGUUCCGGCGAGAUCCGUUAGAGAGGCCAUACAAGAGGUCAAAAUGGUCCAGAUAUGGGAAAACGUUAUGAAGUCAUGUGAGCAAAGGGGCAGGGACCUACUGAAUUUGAAUGUCAUAACCAGUGUUGACCUGACCGAGUGGCUAAGAACAAAAGACAGUGGCAAUGAGACGAUAAACCUGGGACUGCCUUCUUAUGAUAUGUUGUGCACCGUCCUCCACUCGAUCAAGGCUGGCUCCACGGGGCUACUUCUCGGCAACGGCGUGGAGGUCGAUCAGCAGAACCGGCCGCAGGACCUGCUGCUGGACUGGUUCUUCCACCCCGUGCUGGUGCUCAAGGAUCAGAUGCAGGUGCUGAAGAUGACUGAGCAGGAAGUGAGGUUCCUGGAGAGGUCGACACUUUUCGUCGGCAGUAGUUCUGCUACUGCUGGUGCAGACGUGUGGGAUAACGGCGCCGAGACACCCCGAGAUCCCGUGAGGAUGGCGCGGAUCCAGGCGAUCAGUAGAAGGAUGGUGGGGAUAGUGAGGAGCAUGUCCAAGUUCCCGACGUACCGGAGGCGGUACAGGCAUGUGGUGAAGCUGCUGGUGGCAUACUCGGUGGAGCGGGAAGGGUCGUUUGGAUCGUCGGCGUCGGGUCCAUCCGCCUCCUUCGAAAUCACACGCCUCGAAGUGUAGAUAGUUGCCGUCUUGAUGUUGCUUCUUUUUCUCUUCAAGUAAAAGUAGGUAUUGCACGCCGUUUUUGUAUGUGCCUCAUCUUGUUUCUAAUAUAGCAGCUUCUGUAAUUCUGUAUAGCUAUUUCCUUUUUCAUUUCGGUAAUGGGAGCGUGUAUAGUUGUUGUGUUUUGAGAUGAUGCAUGUGCCGAAACUUGAGGCAUGGUCUUCAGUUGUGCUGUAAAUUCUUGUAUAUACAUUUUCGUAAGGAAUUGAUUGGUUCUUUAGGUGUUA